CCCCCGGGGCUGUAUAUAAACCCCCACACACACCUUCCUGGCAGAACCCUUCGACACACACACAUCGCCCUGUUUAGGUCAUCACUAAGACAGUAGGAAAUAAUGGCUUUGACCAACCCCAUUAACCCUGUGAACCCAUUGCCCAUGGGCCCAUGGAAGAUCACUGUGUACGACCAGGAGUACUUCCAGGGAAAGCGUAUGGAGUUCACCGCCUGCUGCCAGAACAUCAUGGAGUGUGGCAUGGAGAACAUCCGCUCACUGAAGGUCGAGUGUGGAGCCUGGGUGGGUUAUGAGCACUCCAGUUUCUGUGGCCAGCAGUUUGUCCUGGAGAAGGGCGACUACCCCCGUUUUGAGGCCUACAGCGGAAGCAACUCUUACCGUAUCGAGAGGAUGAUCUCCUUCAGACCCAUCUGCUCCGCUUACCACAAGGAGUCCCGUAUGACCAUCUACGAGAAGGAGAACAUGAUUGGUCGCCAGUUUGAGCUUAGUGAUGACUACCCCUCCCUGCAGGCUAUGGGCUGGUUCAAUAACGAGGUUGGAUCCAUGCUCAUCCAGAGUGGAGCCUUUGUGUGCUACCAGUUCCCUGGAUACCGUGGCCACCAGUACAUCUUGGAGAGCGACUGUCACGGGGGAGAAUACAAGUGCUACCGUGAGUUUGGCUCCCAUUCCCAGACCCCUCAGAUCCAGUCCAUCAGGAGGAUCCAGCACUAAGCAGGAAACACUUUCUUCAUCCCUCCUCCAACGCUCCUCCUCUCCUUUCUUCUCUUCUUCUACUUCCUACUCCUCCCUCUCUCCUCUCUCCCUCGACCCACUCCCGGUUCCACUGGUCUGGCCAGUCCAGGAAGAAUAGCGGGCCUCAGGUGCUUACCAGCAAUGUCACAUGUUCACUGCAUUUUUUUUUAUUUUUUACCAUCAUGAAAAAGAAAAGAAGAACGAAUUGAAAGACAGACAGAAUGACCGAACUGAGAGAAAGAGUAAUAACAUGAAAGAAUCCAUCUGCGACUCCUCCCAGAGGCUGUCCGCAGAAUCGGCGAUAACACAACUAAACCUUUUGCUCCUCCUCGUCUACGACACAGACAUCACCAGUUUCUUCCUGACAAUCAUCAACAUCGUUGAUUAUCUGUCACUCUGGUUGUCAUGGGAAACAUUGUAUGAGAUUGAUAAAUAAAGAGAGAGUAAACGAGAAUAACAAGA